AUGGUAAUAGAUAUAAGUCCUGACUUUUUUCAUACUUCAACCUAUCAGAAGCACAAGGAGAUCAACCCUUCAAGAGUCAAGGACACAUGUAGAUGGUUUCUAGAUCACCCAGCCUUCCAAAAAUGGAAGAGUAGCAGCCAUGAUGAUCUCUUAUGGCUAUCGGCAGAUCCUGGAUGCGGCAAGUCUGUUCUCUCGAAGGCAUUGGUUGAUGAUAAACUGGUUGAUGAUGGGUACGCCACAGUCUGCUAUUUCUUUUUCAAAGACAACGAAGAGCAGAACAACAUGGCAACGGCAAUCUGUGCACUUCUACAUCAGCUGCUUCUCGCUCAGCAAAGCCUGUUCCAAAAGCAUGCGGAGCGUCAAGUACAUCAGCAUGGAACAAAAUUAAAGGCAGAUUCCAAUGCCCUAUGGCAGCUGUGGAUAGCUGUGGCGUUCGAUUCCACUAAUGACGUGAUUUGUAUCCUUGACGCUCUGGACGAAUGCCAGCAAUCAGACCGCAAUCGACUUAUGCAAGAGCUGGAGCGAUUCUACACGACUUCUCAAGAACGAAGGCAGGUCGGACAAAAGUGUUCCAAACUAAAAUUCCUCGUCACAAGCCGACCGUACAGGGAUAUCGAGUGGGGUUUCGGCGAGUUAACAAAUCGCUAUCCAACAAUUCGACUGGCUGCAGACGAUGAAUGGAAGAGAAUCAGCGAUGAGAUAAACAUUGCCAUGGAGGCUAAGGUGGAUGAAAUCGUGGAUAGGCGACGUCUCGGUGAAGAGAUUCGGACAGCAUUGAAACAAAGAUUCUUUGAAAUUCCAAACAGAACCUAUCUUUGGCUGUAUCUUACACUAGAUGUGUUAAGAAACUCUCUUGGCCUAACGAAAAGAAAGUUGCUGCGACGGAUCGAUGAAAUGCCUAAAAGCGUCGAACAGGCAUAUGAAGAGAUCUUACGGAGAUCUGAUAAUGAGAAUGAGGGAGAUGGAAGGAGGUUGUUGGAAAUUAUCGUUGCAGCACCACGGCCUUUGACGUUGUCCGAAAUCGACAUUGCACUAGAGAUACAACCAAGUUCUAGGUCAUAUGGUGAUUUAGACCUCGAAGGCACUGUCAAGAGAAAAGAGUGGAUACGCGACGCGUGCGGAUUGUUUGUCAGCGUAAUCGAUUCACGUGCCCACCUUAUCCACCAGACAGCGAGAGAGUUUUUACUCCGACGGGUAGGUGAACAUGCGGCACUUGGAACAUGGAAACAUUCGAUAUGUCUACAAGACGCGCAUCUAGCCCUCACAAAGAUAUGCAUUACCUAUCUAAAUUUCGAUGAUUUUCAGAAUGGAUAUUUCCAGCGUCGCCUAAACUCCAAGCCAGGCGAGAGUUUCACAAAUUAUGCCGCAAACCAUUGGAUAUAUCAUACACAAAGGGUCAAUCUAAUGCACGAGGAGUGGGCUACUAAGGCAGCUAAACUUUGCGAAGUGGGAGAUGGGCGAUUCCCAUUUUGGAUCGAUUACCAUAAUUCUGCAACUCAUUUGAGGCACGAAGUGAGGGAAAAACCAAGAACCUUGUAUUGGGCUAUUAAGUGGAGCCUGCUACAAGUUAUACCUCUCUUACUCGACCAAGGAGGGGUCGAUGUUGAAAUCACCGAUGAGAUGGUUAAGGUGGCUGCAUCGAAUCAAUUCAGUGGAGGGGCUGUGAUGAAGCUUCUGCUCGACCAACGAGGAACAGGCGUCCCAAUCACUGAGGAGGUAGUCAUCGCAGCCGUAUCGAAUCUAUCAAGUGGAAUUGCUGUGAUGAAGCUUCUUUUCGAUCAACGGGGAGCAAACGUCCAAAUAAGCGAGAAGGUAAUUAUUGCAGCCACAUCGAAUAUAUCAAGUGGGGGUGCUAUGAUGAAGCUUCUGCUUAACCAACGAGGAGCAGAUAUCCCAAUCACUGUGGAGGUAGUUAAGGCUGCUGUAUCGAAUCUAGCAAGUGGAGAUGCUGUGAUGAAGCUUCUGCUCGACCAACGAGGAACAGAUGUCCCAAUCACCAAGGAAAUAAUUAAGGCUACUGCUGCUGCAGGAAAUAGUGUAGUGAUGAAGCUUCUACUUGACCAACAAAGAGCAGACCUUCAAAUUACUGAGGGGAUAGUUAAGGCAGCCAUAUUGAAUCCAUUUAGUGGAGAUGCUGUGAUGAAGGUUCUGCUCGACCAACAAGGAGUGGAUGUCCCGAUCACUGAGGCGGUAGUUAAGGUUGCUAUAUCAAAUCCAUUCAGUGGAGGUGCUGUGAUGAAGCUUCUAUUUGACCAACAAGGAGCACAUAUCCCAAUGACCAAGGAGGUCGUUAAGGCUGCUGCAGCUGCUGGAAAUGUUGCAGUGAUGAAGCUUCUACUUGACCGAGGAGUGGACGUCCUGAUAACCAAGGAGGUAGUUAAGGCUGCCAUAUCAAAUCCAUUAAGUGGAGGUGCCAUGAUGAAGCUUCUGUUCAACCAACGAGGAGCAGACAUCCCGAUUACCGAGGAGGCAGUUAAGGCUGCCGUAUCGAAUCCAUUGAGUGGCGAUGCUGUGAUGAAGGUUCUGCUUGACCAACGAGGAGCAGAUGUCCCAAUCACCGAGGAGGUAGUUAAGGCUGCCAUAAUGAAUCCAUUCAGUGGAGGUGCUGUGAUGAAGCUUCUGUUUGAUCAACGAGGAGCGGACGUCCCAAUCACCAAAGAGGUAGUUAAGGCUGCUGCAAAAAAUAGCGCAGUGAUGAAGCUUCUUUUUGACCAAAGGGGAGCAGACGUCCCGAUAACCGAGGAGGUAGUUAAGGCUGCCACAUGA